CCGGGUUGUUUCGGAAGUCAGUGGCCAGGUACCAUAUAUAGCCUAUUUAAAAAGGGGCACAAUUAUGGUGCGCGGUAAUGGGUUGUACGAGUAAGGCCAAGGUAUCUCCAGUUCCUCUGGAGGUGGGAGCGGAUGUCUGGAGAAGGGCCUACGGUGACGACCAUUUUGGAUUACAGUCACUUUAAUGAGGAGGCAAAAUUGAAGAUAAACAUAGAGGGAGGAAAAGAGGAGGAAAUGAGAGCGGACCAGGUACUACAGGCGGCCAUCACAGAGUUCAAGGAUCGUGCAAAGAGAAGGUGCAGAAGGGACGGGGUCACAGAUGAGGUGAAAGUGCCCGUCUCGUAUCUGGAGGCAGAGACCUUAACUGACAUGGCGGAAAGAGAAUACAUGUACCUGAACCGUGACACGGAGGUAGAGAGUGAGGUGAGCGAUCUGGACGGGGAGACUCAGUCCUGGCACGGGCUGGAUCAGUGGCGGAGGGAUCGCCCGUCGGCUGAGCUUGUGGAGAGUGGCCCAAAGGCCAACUCGAGGCGACGGAAGGACCAGGACCGUUAGGCGACUAUGAGAAAAAGGGUUGGACACGACAACGAAGAGGUCAAGGUAGCUAGGCUGCUAGACACGAAAGAGAGCGUGGUCGACCGAGAGAAUGAACUUGUCGGUCUGCGAAUCUAGCCCUAUGUCCGACCACAUCUGUCACCCGUGGGAGGGCUAGUCCCGGGCUCCUGUAACCUGCAAAAUCCAUCACUAAAUCAGAUAUAAACACAAAGUGCGAACUAGACGCCAACUCGGAAUACAGAAAGAACAAGAAAAUCGUUUUUAAUCAAUUAAUAACGAUAGA